AUGACUAGUUGGACUGAAAUACAAAAAGAGGCUAUUGAAAAAUGGGUUGAGUCAGUGAUGGAGAAAAGGGUUCUUCUUAAUGAAGUCAAUGGAAUUAUUAUAAUUCAAUUUUUAGAGAAACUAUCGUCUGUAAAAUACAAAACUACAAGAAACAAAGUUGUCAAAACACCAUUUGAUCAAAUGGAGAUUGCUGAAAAAGCACUGGAAUUUGGGAAAAGUUUAGGUUUAAAAUAUCACUCAGUUGAAGCUAUUCAUAUUGUCAGUCACAACGAAAAGAUGUUGCUAUCUCUUUUUAUUUCUGUUGCAACAAAAUUUGUACCUUUAGGAAUACUUCACAUGAGAAGUGUUAAUGAUUGGGUUAAAGAAAUGACUCAGUUACCCAUUCAAAACUUCAAAUCAGAUUGGGAAGAUGGGUACGCUAUAAAAUUUAUUUUUGCUGAUGACCAUCCAUUUGAGUUAUUUUCUCAGUUUGGAAUUACUCAAGUAAUUCAAGAAAAGAAUUUAGGAAAAGAUGAAAUUACGAUGAAGCUUCAAAUUGCUUUGAUUUAUUAUAAAAAAGAAGAAAUAGAAAAGUACAGAUUUAAUAAACUUGACAUUAAUAAAGUAAUGACAGAGAAGUUUGAAGAACGUAAAACCAAAUUACGUUCUGAAGGUAUUUUUGAUGAUAGCCAUUGGGUUCCAAUCAAGGUAAAUACAGAAAUUAAAACAAGUGCUACUACCCCUAUAUUACCAAAUGAUGAAAAAAAUAAUAAUAUACUUGAAGUUAAGGAAAUAGAAAGUAAAACUUCUGUGGAUGAAUCUUUUUCUGAUGAAAGCAUUGAAAAUUCAGUUGAAUUAGAAAAACGACAAACAGAAGAAUUACAAGUUGUAGAAGAACAAAAAGAUAUAAAAGAAUUAUAUAAAAUAAAUAAAGAAGAAGAAAACAACCAAAUUGAAGGAGUUAUAGAAAAAGAUUAUAAGACAGAAGAAGAUAAAACUAAAGAAGAAAAGGAGAACCAAAAAGGAAAUGUUGAUAUAGUUAAUGAAGAAAAAAUUCAGUUGAAAGAAGAAGAAGAUAGUAUUAAUAGUAUUAGUGAAGAAGAGUUAGAAAAAACACAACCAAUCUCUUCUUUUGUUAAUACUUCACCAAAUGAAAGUCAAUCAGAAAAAGAAGGGUCACCAAUUAAAACACAAAUAUCGACAAAUGAUAAUAAUAGCCAAGAAGAAAUUAUAAAUAAGUCAGGUGAAGAAGAGCUCUUAGAUAAUAAUAGUUUAACAAAAAGCGAAUCAGAAAAUAAAGAAAGGAAAGACAAUGAAAUUGAAGAUCAAGAAAAUGAAUUAGAAAUUAUACAAAAAGGUCCUAUAGAAAAUUUAAAGGAAGCUAUUGAACGAAAAGAAUUAAUUAACAAUAACACAAUACCAAAAGUUCAAGAAGAUAAUAAACAAGAAGAUGUUCAAAAUGAAGUUAUUGUUGAAAAAGUACAAAAAGAAACAAUUAAAAGUAAUGAAGACGUAAAAAGUGAAACAUUAAAUAGUAAUUUUUCUGAGUUAUUGGUUGAAAGAAAAGAAGAAAGUAAUACAGAAACUCCUACUUCUAAGAAAGUUAUUAUUGAUGGUAGGUUAAGGGACUCAACAAAAAAACCAGUUUGUUGUGAAGAAGAAAAACCAUCAAUUAACAAUAAAAAAGAAGAAGAAAGUUUAGGAGAAGAACUACCAAAUGACCCAAUAGAAACAGAAAAACCUUUUAAUAAAUCAGAAACUGACUAUCAAACAAGGACAUUUGAAGAACAAAGUGAAGAAGAAAUAAGUAAUGAAAAUAAGGUAAUAGAAGAAUAUAAAGAUACAUUUAAGAAUUGGACUGGGAUGACUCAUCACUCAAUUUUGUAUGAUAGUUCGAAAGAUGAACUUACUGCUAUGUCAUUCAAUAAUAAAGUAGAAGAAAAAAGUAAUGUAAUGAUAUUAGUUAUUACAAAAGAAGGAUAUUCAUUUGGUUGUUUCAAUAAAAAACAAAUUCCUAAAGCACCUAAGAAAGGAUAUAAGUAUAUUAAAAAUGAUAAAGAUUUCUUUGUGUUUUCAUUACGUUCAAAAGAAUUAACACAACCAGUGAUGAUUCAAAGGAAGAAAAAAGGAAAAUCAUUAUGUAUAUGGAAUUCAAGUUGUAGAGUUUAUACAUUUACUGUAAAAAGAUUUAUGAGAAUAACAAAAAAAACAGAAAAAUCUCAUUUUAUUAGUAAUUUAUUUACAAAAGAAUAUAAAGACACUACAAAAAAAGGAACAAAGUUAUUUACUGGAGAAAAUGAGUUUAGUGUAGAUAAAGUAUUAGCUAUACAAUGGUCUCUCAAUAAUUAA